GUUAUCUGAGGAUUUCCUUGCAAGUUGUGACCUAUUUAGAACUACUGGGCACUCACAUCAAUAUGUCAACAGCCAGUUAUAUGUCAACAGUGUUCUACGUCAUCAUAGCCGACAAAAUGAACACCAAUUCAAGAACAUUCCCGAGCACCCGGGAAGUGGGCAGGCAGCGCAAACAACAACACGAGCAUUAUGCAGCACACACGGACGACACGCAUCGAACAAGCUGCAGCUAUAUUCAGCAAGCUGAUACGAUACGGCGAUCGUGAUUUCGUAUUCAUAGUGUUUUUGUCGGGUGCAGUUGUACGGUGGCUUCAAUACACAACUGUACAGCUUGUGUUAUCGUGAUUAUGCUGUAUACUUUACUUGUGACCUGAUUUAUGACUGUGUGCUUCGUAAUACACACCAGCACUUUAUUUGAUUUUUGGAGCAUGUAACAUUCGAAAUGUCGACGGAGUCUCCCCCCGCAUCGCCGAGGAAAGCCCGCAAAUCGCUAGCUGAGAAGGGGCAGCAUUUGGAGCCCAUUAACGUGUCCAAAACAGUGAGUAGUAAUUGCAACCUUCCUGGUGAAUGUCGGCAAACUGGUUCUUAUACUGCCAAUACGAGUGAUAACUUUGACUCAGAGCAACGCGAUAUUACAAAUGCAGCUGCAGAACGAACUUGCAAUAACAUUCAGAAUCCCUCGAAUUCUGAGGGUACUUUGUAUUCAGAUACAGUAGAUUCUCAUUGUGAUGAAAAUGUAGAACGAGAAGAGAUAUUAAAGCAGGAAACUGCGUCUGCCCCACAUCAUGCACAUGGCAAUUUUAAACUUGGUGCCGACAGCGUUGAUCUUGAUGAUACAGCUUUUAAAUCUUUCAAUGUAAAUGUUACCCCAGAUGGAUUUUUAUCGCCGACGUCACCGACUUCGCCCACCAGUCCAGACCCCGAUGGAAUACGAUCACCACGGAAGUCGUCAAUGCGUGACCCCAAUCGACCUCGAACACCGCCGGGGACACCCUCCCGGAAGUCAGUUCGCUUUGCUGACCACCUAGGGUUGGACUUGGAGACUGUCAAAACCAUAUUGAGAACGGAAUCACCACCUGACUUGCACGUACAUGUUGACGAGGAGAAACAGACGAUAAGUGCCAAGGUUCUGUCGUUGUGCUUCCAACAACCUGGUGGACAACCAGACUUCUUAUCGCGGCUCAACUCCUUAAAUGUCUGCCUCGAGAACGUAGUAGUCCAUGAAUUUACACUCAUAGGCACCAUCAAGGUCAGAAACCUGGGUUUCGAGAAGGAAGUCAGGAUUCGACAAUCGUCAGACAACUGGAGUUCUUAUGUUGACACCAUGGCAAUGUACGUCCAGGGUUCUUGUAAUGGACCUACAGAUCGGUUCUCUUUUGGCCUGUCAGGACCUCGGAGUAUGGCACCAGGAGCAAUACUCACUUUUGCCAUCUAUUACAAGGUAGGGGGACAAAUUUUUUGGGAUAACAAUGGCGGGCAGAACUACUCUCUUGUGUGUGAAGAGGUUAAAAAACUUUGACAUGUUUGUUAUCUUGGAGUGAUAGGUCAGCUCUUUAACCAGGUGCCAUGGCAACUGAGGAUGCGGUUACGGAAGCUUCAAAGUGAAAAGUAUCUUCCCAUAAUUCAUGUGGUAGGAUUCGCCCCGGGGAAUCGCUCAAGUAGUGCAAAUUGAUUUUGGAUCAACCGUGAUUAAAUAGAGAUUUUAUUGGUGAUAUAUUUUGAUUCGAUUCAGGUAUUGGAAAUCAACUGGCUACUAGACAUAUAGAAUGAAAAACUGGACGGGUCGAAAAAGAAGAAGAUGAAUUGAAGAAGAAAAAAAAUCCUCAUUGCCAUACGAGUAUUGCUAGCAACAUGACUUUUGUAAGCUUGCCAUUUACAAGAUAAUUGUUUAGGCCAUCUUGUAAUGAAAGACACAAUCGUUUUGGAUCAUAUUCUAAGAGUCUUCGUAAUAAUAAACUAAAAACGUGCAGUGCUAAUUGUCUGAAUUUCAACCUUGUUUGCAAUAUACAGUAAUAUACAAUAAUAUAUAAUGUUCAUAUAUUAUAGGAUUAGGACGUUUAUAUUUACUAUGCAAAGCUCAAAAUACUCAACAAUUGUGAGUAAUAUUACUGACAAUAUAAAUGAGGGAAAAUGUUCAUUUACCGAGCUUUGUGCUACAAUGUUGUAUAGUUGAACAAAUUUUUAUCGUAUUAAAAAAUACAGUGUGAUAUUUGUUUUGACAGUCCAUACACAUUUCAUUAUCUGUAUGACAUGUAAAGUGUCUUGAGAUAAUCAGCAGAGUGGGUAGACCUAUUUUAGCUGCACAUGUAUACAGUUCCACUCACAUAAGUGUAUAAAUUCUAGGUUAUGAUCUGAGAUCCAUAUGUCCAUUCGAUGCGAUAUUUACCUUGAAAUUAUCUCUUAUCAAGUAUAGGCCAUUAGGACAAAUGGGCGAAGGUCAAGGCCCGACUAAUUUCUCACUCCAUUGAUAAUUAAGAAAUAUUUUACCUGAGUUAAAAAAGAAAAAGUGAGCACUGUAAACGACGUGUUUACACUCGGGUUAUACAAAGUAUAACCAGAGUGGUGGCCUGCUAACUUCCUUUGUGACUCUUUGCUUUUCUGGGUUUUAUCAGAUUCAAAGAGACAAAAGAACACACCGAAAGCGAUGAUAAAAUGUUGUGAUUAAUCCUUUCAGCAGUGUGCAUGUAAUGAGGAGAUAAAAGGAUCUGUGCAUGCCGAAUCUGGUUUAUUUAUUUUUUAUUCUAGGAAUGUGAUAGAACCUGUUUUAACGUCAUAAUCUUGAUUAAUACUCGCGAAAUCGCUGGAGAAAUUACUAAUCAGAUAUUACUUGCAGCUAUGUGAGGGAUUUCGUUUUUCGUCUUUCCUGAGAAGUGUGUAGCCUCCAGUACAUGUUGCAUGACAUUGUUGGGUAGUUGUAACCAAAGAUCUUAUUGAAACAUAUUAACCUUUUACUUAUCCACAUUUUACGAGUCGUUCUCUUAUUUGUUUUGAUGUUGAUAUGGGUUAUGUAGUACAUUUUACAACUUAAUCGACUGGUUAAUGUAAAACAUCGCAUUAAUAAAUUAUUCGAGAAACUAACAUAGCCAAAAACAAUGACCUGAUUUUUAAUUUGAAAAUGACUGACUAUAUAAUAGAUUUGCCAAUGGUUGAUGACUGUUUCCUGAAUUGUUGAGAGCUUGAAUGUACAUGUAGAUAUGGAAUAGUCCAGAUGAUGUCAUAUGACCUAAAUACCUCGAAGAUUAUUACCAAAGAUGUUCUAAUGAGGAUAACAAUAUUCUUAGCUCUCCCACCUGCAGAAGUCCUACCGCACAGCCAUCUUUGUUUAAAAUGUAU